UCUCUUCUCCUCUUCUCUCUCACUCACAUAGAAAUAAAGAGAAUGCCAGAGAGCUCACAAGCUUUUCAGAGAGACAAAUAGGCAGAUAGCUCUCUGUUCUUGCUCUCUUCUUUGCACUGCUUCCUCUUUUUUUUGUUUUUGUUUUUUUUGGGGUUUUGGGCUUUGAUUUCUUUCUCUCUCUCUCUCUGUAUUUUUUUUGUUGUUGUUGUUGGGUUUGUGAUGGAGAAGCAUAAGUGUAAGCUAUGCUCGAGGGGCUUCUCCAAUGGCAGAGCUUUGGGAGGUCACAUGAGGUCUCACAUGUUGAAUCUUCCAAUUCCUGUAAAACGAGAGGAAACACCAUUACCCCCAGUACUACCACCGCCACCGCCACCACACGAUCAGCUCAGCGAGACCGAGUCAGCUUCAUCUCCGUCAUCUUCUUCAGAAGAAGAAGGAGGAGGAGGAGGAGACGAUGAUGAAAAGGGUCUCUACUAUGGCCUGAGAGAGAACCCAAAGAGAAGCAUUCGGUUGGUAGAUCCUGAAUUUUCGCUUGCUGUGGAUGCUGGGUCCGUGGUCCUUCAAGAUAGGGAGAGCGAGACCGAGUCGUCCAAGAACCCGACUCGGCGACGAUCCAAGCGGACUCGGAAUUUAGAGAUAAAGUUCCACCUUCAUGAUCAGCAGCGUGUUCAAGAACAAGUGGAGCCUAUGAAAAAGCUCAACUUCAACAAGGCCGAGUCAUGGGCUGAGCCUGAACCGGUGAGUUCGAUCUCCGACACCACGACCGAGGAAGAUGUUGCUUUUUGCCUCAUGAUGCUUUCGAGGGAUAAAUGGAAGAAACAAGAACAAGACGACGAGGAAGAAGACCGAGAAGACGAAGCAGAGAGAUACUUGGAUGACUCCGAGGAGUCCGAGGAUCAGCUCAAGCUGUCCAAAACUCGAACACGAGGAAAGUACAAGUGCGAGACAUGCAAGAAAACCUUUCGAUCCUACCAAGCUCUAGGUGGACACAGAGCAAGCCAUAAGAAGAUCAAGGUCAAUCCUGCUCCGGUUUACGAGCCAGAAUUGGAGCAAGUGAAUGUGGGUACUUCUUCGUCUAUGCCGGAGAAAAAGAUUCAUGAAUGUCCUGUUUGUUUCAGAGUGUUUGCGUCAGGACAAGCUCUUGGUGGGCAUAAGAGAACCCAUGUAACUGGCUCGGCACAGCCACCAGCUUCUGUUAGAAGUUCAAUCAAACUUGGUCAAGCUUUGAUAGAUCUUAAUCUUCCAGCUCCAAUGGACGAUGACGAUAUUAGCCAAAUCGAGCUUUCGGCGGUGUCUGAUGCAGAAUUCGUGAACCCCCAUUAGGCAAGGAACUUCGGCAUUGAAUUUUGCUGCACAAGUAAGUUGAUCCCGAGAAAUCUGUAGAAGAAGAAAUCAGCGUUCUUGUUAAUAGGUUACGUCGCAGUUUCCAAGUGGUUCAAGCUAGUGAACUGUUCCACCAUUCAUUUUUGCUGAAUAUAUUACAAAGUCAUUUUCAAAAGAAGUUGAUCAACCUGUACUUUUUAUAAUAGAAAAGUAGCUUCCACCUCU